UUGGCAGUCCCGAUUCGAAGGCCAAAAAAAGAGUUGGCAGGUCGCUCAGCUUGUACCACCAAAAUUGCUUUUAGUCCUCCAAAAUUCGCACGUAAAACGCAGUUAACUGAUAAUCCCCGAUAAUUGCACCAACUGAUUAGCCCCCCAGGAAAAGGAUAAAGGAAUUAAAAACACCAAAGAAGCUGACGCAGUCGGAGGAGGUGAAAAUGACAAACCUGUGAAUUGCCUGACCAGUGGGGGUGUCUCUCCUACUCUCCGCUCCGCACUCCGCCUCUCGCUCUCUCCACACGCCUCACCCCUCUCGUUCGCUCUUUAGUUGGAAGGAGGGGGAUGGACGGUUGAUGUUACGAGUAGCAGCGUAGCUCGGUGAAUCACAUUUCACAUACGGAGAAGCCAUCGGAGAACAGAAACCACGAUGUACCAGAGCGCCUGCCAGGCGGCCACCACGGGCUCCUGUGUCCCGGGCUCCAGCCAGCAACCGGACAACGAGCGGCAAUCGGCGUUAAUUGCCCAGCAGCCGCCCACCGCACCCGUCGAGCCGGACUACAGUGGCUUCGACAUUGUGAAGGCCACCCAGUACGGAGCCAUUGCCCGCGUCAGGGAGUUGGUGGAAUCUGGAUGGGAUGUCAAUCAGCCCGACAGCGAAACUGUGACCCUGCUUCAUUGGGCAGCCAUUAAUAAUCGGCGGGACAUUAUCCGCUACUUCCUGGAGAAGGGCGCUACUGUGGACGCUGUGGGCGGAGAGCUGAAUGCCACGCCCCUCCACUGGGCUACCCGGCAGGGUCAUCUCGGUGCUGUUGUACUGCUCAUGGCUGCAGGAGCUGAUCCGAGGAUCCGGGAUGCGGAAGGAUGCUCGUGCAUACACAUCGCCGCCCAGUUCGCGCACACCGCCUUAGUGGCCUACUUUAUAGCCAAGGGCGUGGACCCAGACCUGCAGGAUCGGGGCGGAAUGACGGCUCUUAUGUGGGCGGCCUGGAAGGUCUGUGCACUGGAUCCAGUGCGCUUGUUAUUAACUCUUGGAGCCAAUCCCGCUAUGGUAGACUAUACACACGGAAACACGGCCUUACACUGGGCGAUCUUGGCGCGAAACGCAACGGCUAUUUCUACCCUCGUGCUCAAGUCGAAGGCCUCGCUGGAUGUGCCCAAUCUCAGGGGAGAGACGCCGCUCACAAUGCUGGAAUCGCAGACGGGUGCCAUUUGGAUAGGCGCUAAGGUUAUGGACCGGGUGAAGGAGGCGGCGCUUACUUCGCAACAGCGCAGAUCACUGGUCUCCAAGCUGCGCCAUGACAAGCGCCUGAGGUGGUGGUCCAUGGUGGCGUGCCCCUUCACAGCCUUCUACUUGGCGGGAAUCGUCUUCACCGUCAACACUCUGUACAUCAUCAAGUUUUUCCUGCUCGGCUGCCUCUACGCCAUUUUCCAUACGAUUGGAAAGGCUCUAUUCGACGAGCAUCUGAUGGCCCUCUUGCCGCUCAGCGUUUACCUGGCCACCAAGGCAUGGUUCUACAUCACCUGGCUGAUGUUCAUCGACGAUGCUGUCUCGUUCACGGCCACCAUCUGCUUCCUGAUCUCAUCACUGGCCCUGUGGGUGUGCUUCCUCAAGUCGUGGAAGGGGGAUCCGGGCAUCAUCCGACCGACUAGGGAGCAGAGAUUUAAGACCAUCAUAGAGCUGUCGGAGCGCGGUGGGAUCGGCUUUGAACCCGCCUCCUUCUGCUCCGGCUGCCUAGUGCGAAGACCCAUCCGGUCCAAGCACUGUUCCGUGUGCGAUCGGUGCGUGGCGAGGUUCGAUCACCACUGUCCCUGGGUGGGCAACUGCAUCGGCCUGAAAAACCACAGCUAUUUCAUGGGAUUCCUCUGGAUGUUACUGAUCAUGUGUGCCUGGAUGCUGUACGGUGGCUCAAAGUUCUACGUUAACCAGUGCAAUGUGCGGUUCGAUGAUUUUCUUGGUGCCAUGCGGGCCAUUGGCAACUGCAACGCCUGGGUGGGCUGGGUGAUGGGCAACGCCCUGCUGCACAUGUCCUGGGUUAUCCUGCUGACGAUUUGCCAGACGUACCAGGUGAUCUGCCUGGGAAUGACCACCAACGAGCGGAUGAAUCGUGGACGUUAUCGCCACUUCCAGGCCAAGGGCGGCCACAGUCCGUUCACCCGCGGCCCCUUCCAGAACCUGGUCGACUUCCUUGAGUGCAGUUGCUUCGGAUUGGUGCAGCCGAAGCGGGUGGAUUGGAUGAACUACUACGACUACGACGCCCAGACGCAUCAGACCAUCGAGAAGGAGCCGCUGUUGAGCGUCGACUGCCCGGACGGAAUGGGGGGCGAUCAUCAGUACGUGUAGGACAAGUCCUAUCGGGAUGCGAAGACGCUUCAGAUGCCCAUCGCGCAUGUUUAACAACCGACACCAGCCGCUUUACAGCUUCUUCUCAACUCCCCCCCAAAUUAAAAUCCCCCCAAUACGAUUUUUUACCAAAUAUUUUGAUUCGCAUCGGCUUACCCAGGCAGAAGGAUACAGCGCGAAUACGAAAUUCUACAAAAAGUACACCAAGACAGAAGCGUCAUUGCUGACCGAUAUCGGAUGGAGAGACGAGUUGGGAGUCACGUAUCAUACGUACAUAUUAUUGAAUGUAUUACUGUAAUUAAUCUGUACAUUUCUGCGUAUUUCUUACAUUUCGAUCAUAAGCCGAAAGUACACAAAACGUUUUUGUCCUCUAAAGUAUUUGUAUACCAAAAAAAAAAAUGGAAAAAUGAAAAAGAAACACACACAAAAAAUGAAAUUCAAACGUAAGCAAAUGAACACCGAACAAAUUUUACUACUGCAAUCAUAAUCAAAAAAAGAGAGUUUGUUUAAGCGUGCAAUAUUCCAAGAUUCCAAUUCACCAACUAAACUAUUCUAAAAUUGUAAAGCGCACAGAAAGCGAGGCUUUGUAAUUGUUGCAAGAGGACCUCCUGCGAGAUGAGAUACUAAAUAAUUACAUAAAAAUAAUUAGAGAUUGAAAACACUGCUCUCUAAGGAAGAAAUUAAACUCGAAGCAUAAGUUACAAAGGCUCUACAAUUAAAUAAUAAUUAAAUAUGGCAAUACAAUGAAAUUGAUCAUUUGAUCCCAAGCACUAGCAUACUUAAACACAUAUUAAAUAAAUUGAAAAUGCGAUCCAAUUCUUAUUAUGCACUAGUCUAGUCAGAAAAUCAUUUAAGUAAAAUGUUAAAGUGCAACUACAGCCACAAAGUCGAUGAAUAAAUUAAAGUAUAUAUAUUAUAUAUCCAUAGCUAUGAAAUGAUAUAGGUAUUUAUAAUGUGAAACGGAAUUUGAGCAACCUGAGAUGGCAGGUAGAGGAGUGGAGGAUAUGUUUGUAAUUGUAACACGUUACUUAAAUGCAUUUAAAUAUUAAUUCAAACGAAAUCUACAACAAAUCUACUACAAAUAAUCUGAUGAAUCGCUAGGCAAACAUUUUCAACUAUGUACUAAAAUCCCACAAUUUUUCGAUGUAUUUUGUAAUCGAGAUUAUACAAAACGGUGGCAGAGAGAUUUGCAAAAAAAACCCCAAAACAUAAAAGAGUUAAUUGUUUCAGCUUCAUUUUGUAAAUUACUUUCGCAGCAAAUAAAAAAUAAAAUUCAAAAAAAAAGCUUUUUGAAAAGACUAUAAACACUAGCAAAAGAAGCAAUUGAACCCCAUUGCCUACAUCUUUAGUUUAGCGGCUAAGUUCAAGACAAAUAUAUUUAACUAAAGAUAUAUAAUUAAAUAUAUAUAUAUGAAUGUAUUAAAUAGUGUGUAGAUCGAUGGAGGAGUUCGGAGCUCGAUAAGGUGUCUGUAUGUAUGUGUAACACUGUGCGUUAAAAAUAAAUUUGAAUAAUAAAUAGAACUUUAUUCCGUAUUCGAAGCAAAAUUCUUAACUGAUUUUUAUUCAAUUAAAUAAAACUCGCUCCAAAUUGGGUUUUAAUUUCAUUCAUUUUUUUUUUUUUAGUUUUUAUUGUUUGAUGACAUAAUAUUUGUAGAUUUGAAAUUUGUAUUUUUUGUUUUUCGACAUUGAUGCAUUACAUUUAUAGGCUCAAUUUAAAAAUAGAAUUUCUUCCCAUUUAUGAUAAAUUAAGUUGAAUGGUUUAUCGUUAUGCUUUGCUUUUAAUCAAAAGUAAAACAGCUCAUUUAAAUAUAUAUUUUUACAUUUAAA